AUGUCACCACAACGCCUCAGGGGUGUAUUUCGGCUGAGUAAUUUGGAUGCCAGUCAACAUGAACUCGAGUUCGAGUUCGAGGAUAAGUACAUCUUUGCCGUCGCGCAGAAAUAUCCCAAGGACUUGAACGAGGCUCUCGUCGUCAUCUACUUUGCUACUCCUCCUUACAAAUCGAGCGAGGCAACCAUCUUCACGAGGACGGAGGAUGGGACCGGAUUUCGACGACACGCCAAGAUAAAGACCAUCGGCAACCCCUGCUUUGAGGUCAGGGCCCGCUAUUUCCCUCGCGAUGAGCCCAAAUUUUGCUUUGACUCUCCUCAGGCUCUUCUCUGUGCACAUCGAGGAGGGGCGAGGACCGUACGGAUUGUCGACAUGGGGAUUAAUAUUGCCGAACGUCUAGAGGACCCCUUAUUCCAUUCUGCAUGGGAUGAGACAGCUGGUCAGCGCAUCCGCUAUAAGGCAAUUGAGGUAGAGAAUUGA